AUGAAUAGAUAUAUGGUUUGUCUAGAUGGAUCAGAUUUAUCUGAUAGAGCAUUUAGUUGGGUUAAGGAAUUGGCUGAAUGCGACGAAUCAAAAAAAACUGAAAUUUUUUUAUUUCAUGUAGAAGAGAAAAAAUCUGACCAUAAAUUUAAAAGUUUAGAUGAAUAUAGUGACAUGUUAAAUACAAAAAGUAUUAAAAACCAUAAGCUUUUAAUAAAAGGAAAAGAAUCAAUUAAAGAUGCUAUUAUUAAAGAAACUGAAAAUAAUAAAAUAGAUCUUGUGGUACUUGGUCAUGAAGAUAAAAAUAAACUUCAAAGAAUAAUGGAUGGGAGAGGUUCAGUCUGUGAAUACCUCUUAAAAAAUAUGGAUACUCCACUUUUAAUUUUUAAAUAA